AUGGCAGUAGGCAAAGGUUUCGCGUGGACGGUGGCGGUUGACGGGACGGCCUGCGUCGGGAAGUCAACGCUUCUGUCCCGGAUGCAGGAAGAAGGAUACACCGUGGUCGUGGGAGACUACGCGGAGGAUUGUGGGAGGUACCCGCUAUUCCGCGGCAAGGCCCAGCAUAAAUUCCUGGAAUUGGCUUGUUUCAGCCAUCAGUGGGGGAAGCUGCAGCCGAACCACGUCCACGACCGGAUGACCCUCCGGGCCUCAUCCAGGGUACGCUCACCGGCCAUGACGUCCACGAUGAGCGCGUACGUCAAGGCACUCAUCUUGGACGUCAUGGCCGGCGAGCGUACCCUGGAGGAGGCCCGGAGGGUCAUCCGGGAGACGCCGGCGGGUGUCUGGGCACCCCUGUCAGGGAUCCGGACCAUCAUCCUGCUGGAGGACGACGCGGAGGGAGCCGUAAUUUGUUAUCGUUUGCUUGUCCAUGCCGUCUGUCUUUAA